AGCCCACCGUGUGCAGCACAGGCCCUGUAAGCUUGUUUCAAAGGUUGGAGAGUGCUCAGGGUCUUCCAGGCAGAGUGGAGAUGGAAGUGUCAUAAGGAAAUGACAGCUGAGCUCUAAGCUGGGUGUAAGGGGCACCUUCCUCUUUGAGUGGCUGGGAACCGGGUGCCUGUGUGACCUCGUGCUUUUUCCUUGCAGAGAUGGAUGAGGCAAUGCGGUCCUUCGCAGAGAAGGUCUUUGCCUCAGAGGUGAAAGAUGAGGAGAUCAGGCAGGAGAUCUCACCUUUUGAUGUGGAAGAGAUCUGCCCCAUCUCACUCCAGGAAAUGAGAGCACACAUGAUGCAUCAGGAGAGCUCUGCCACAACAGAAAAGCGGAAGAAGCGCCUGCUCCGCCUGAAGACGGUUGCACUGGCUGUUCCCGUGGCUCAGAAGUCGAUGACCAGAUUGUCCACUAUUGACGAGGUCAUCACCUCCCCCCCAUACCAGGCUGUGCCUGACUUCCAGCGGGUACAGAUCACAGGGGAUUACGCCUCUGGGGUGACAGUUGAAGAUUUUGAAGUUGUCUGCAAAGGUCUGUACCGUGCCCUGUGCAUUCGGGAGGAAUACAUGGAAAAGUCUGUGCAGAGAUUCCCCAGGACCCCAUCUCAGUACCUGCGCACUAUUGAAGGCGAGGUCUGGAGGGCGAGUGACGCUGGUCCAGUGUUCACCCCACCAGUGAAGGAUGGACAGGAUCCCUUUGCAACCGAGGAUCUGGAGGAAGACCUGGGGUACCAUGUCCAGAUGAAGGAUGGAGUAGUUUACAUCUACAGUGACAAGGCAGCAGCUGAAAGAAACGAGCCGAAGGACCUUCCGUACCCUAGCCUUGAGCACUUUGUUGAUGACAUGAACUUCCUCUUGGCCCUGAUUGCACAGGGACCUGUUAAGACCUACGCUCACCGGCGCCUGAAGUUCCUCUCAUCCAAGUUCCAGGUGCAUGAGAUGCUGAAUGAGAUGGAUGAAAUGAAAGAGCUGAAGAACAACCCCCACCGGGACUUCUAUAACUGCCGGAAGGUAGACACACACAUCCAUGCUGCAGCCUGCAUGAACCAGAAGCACCUUCUGCGCUUCAUCAAGAAAUCGUAUCGUGUGGAUGCUGACCGGGUAGUUUAUGACGCCAAGGGCAAGCAUCUCACUCUGAAACAGCUUUUCCAGCAGCUCGGUCUGCACCCCUAUGACCUGACAGUGGAUUCUCUGGAUGUCCAUGCUGGGCGGCAGACAUUUCAGCGCUUUGACAAGUUCAAUGCCAAGUACAACCCCGUGGGUGCCAGCGAGCUGCGUGACCUCUAUCUGAAGACAGAGAAUGCUAUUAAUGGCGAGUACUUUGCUACCAUCAUCAAGGAGGUUGGCUCUGAUCUGGAGGAUGCCAAGUACCAGUAUGCAGAGCCUCGACUCUCAAUCUAUGGGCGCUCAGCUGAGGAGUGGUCCAAGCUGGCCAGCUGGUUCAACAAACAUCGUGUCUAUUCCCCCAACAUGAAGUGGAUGAUCCAGAUACCCAGGAUUUAUGAUGUGUUCAGGUCUAAGAACUUCCUCCCACACUUUGGGAAAAUGUUAGAAAAUAUCUUUGUUCCUGUGUUUGAGGCAACUGUCAAUCCUCAAGCCCACAAAGAGCUGAGUGUCUUUCUACGCCACAUCACUGGCUUUGACAGUGUGGAUGAUGAAUCCAAGCACAGUGGACACAUGUUCUCCACCAGAAGUCCAAAGCCGGAGCAGUGGACCUGUGAGAAGAACCCUUCCUACACCUACUAUGUGUACUAUAUGUAUGCCAACAUCCUGGUGCUUAACAACCUACGCAGGCAGCGUGGUAUGAACACCUUCCUUUUCCGACCACACUGUGGGGAAGCUGGGGCUGUCACACACCUGCUUGCAGCCUUCAUGACAGCAGAUAAUAUCUCCCAUGGCCUCAACCUCAAGAAGAGCCCAGUGUUGCAGUAUCUGUACUUCCUUGCCCAAAUUCCCAUCGCUAUGUCCCCGCUCAGCAAUAACAGCCUCUUUCUGGAGUAUGCAAAGAACCCAUUGCCUGACUUCCACCAGAAGGGUCUCAUGGUGUCCCUUUCUACCGACGACCCCAUGCAGUUCCACUACACCAAGGAGCCCCUGAUGGAGGAGUACGCCAUCGCUGCCCAGGUCUUCAAGCUUAGCACCUGCGACAUGUGCGAGAUCGCCAGGAACAGCGUCCUGCAGUGUGGGCUCUCCCACCAGGAAAAAGCCAGGUUCCUGGGAGAAAACUACCAGGAGGACGGGCCGCAGGGCAACGACAUCCGCAGGACCAACGUGGCCCAGAUCCGCAUGGCCUAUCGCUACGAGACCUGGUGCUACGAGCUCAACCUCAUCGCCGAGGGCCUGAGAAGCGACUAGGAGCGCGCGGGGCGGGGGGGCGCCUGCGGGGGCCGGCGGCGGCGGUGCUGCCCCGCCACCGGAGCCGCCGGCAGUAAAACCGCCUCCCCGAGCCGCCUCGU